AUGUUGGAGAUAUACAUUAAGGAGGUUUUGGAAGUACAAUCUGAAAUUGAAUUGGAAGAUCCUCAGGACAAUGGACGUGCAGAGAUUGAAGAUACAUAUGUGAGCAUCAAAUUGUCCAUCCAAUCCCAACUGGAUGAUGUACUGCACAGCACCUCAUUUUCUAACCCUGCUCCAAUUCGCUCUUCGCCGCCAUCGAGACUUCCUCGAUUGGCUCCGCCUGUAUUUGAUGGGAAACGAUCAGAGUUUAAAAACUUCAUUACAUCAUUCAAUCAGAUUAUCGGUCGUGAGUACUCUCUUUCGAACAUUGAAAAGUUUAAUCAUCUGCUGAAUUGCUUGAAGGGCCCUGCCCUUCAGGCAGUAAAGGCAUUCCAAGUGACUCAGGAAAACUAUCCCAAGGCUCUUGCUCGUUUAAGUGAACGUUAUGACAAUCCCACACUUACAUUUUUAGACACAAUAGAAGCACUAUUCAAUCUACAGCCAGUCGACAAACCGGACGGAAAUCAGCUGCGCAGUCUGCUGGACAAUGCGUCAGCCCUGUAUUCAUCAUUAUCGUCAUUGGGUACCGGAUCAGAUAUUGCCCAAGCCAUGUUGAUAUUCAUCGUCAUCGGAAAAUGUGACCAGCAAACUCGUAACAAGUGGAAUGAGUCUCUUGACUUACUAACACUACAAUUCUGCAUAACGUCUCACAUUGCCUACCAGCCGGAUUCGGAAAUCGACACCUCAGAUUGGAGGUUGCCCGCGAAUACACCACUUGCGGACGAAACUUUCCACAGGUCAGGUCGGAUUGAUCUCCUUCUCGGCACCGAGGCAUUUUUCGAAUGCCUGGCUACCUUUGAGCUAAAUACAGUGACGUAUGGAACGGCCUCGGCCCCAUACUUAGCAGUUCGCAGUUUGCAAUAUCUGGCAGAUCUGCAUGUGAACGAGUUUCCCAUUGGCGCAUCCAUUGUAAAAUCAUCGUUUUAUGUUGAUGAUCUGCUAUGCGGAGCAAACGAGCUCAUCGAGUUGCAGAACAUUAAACACGAGGUCACCGAGAUACUUCGCCGAGGACACUUCCCAUUGGUUAAGUGGCACUCCAAUCAUCCGGCCGUCAGGAACGACGAAUCGGUAAAGGAUUUAAACUUGGAUGAAAACGCUGUCACUAGCGCACUUGGCGUAGCCUGGGAUCAACGUCGUGAUGUGCUACUAUUUGAAUUUAAACCCAAAAAAUUGUAUUCAACAGUCACAAAGAGGACUAUUCUCUCGACUGCGUCUUCUCUGUUCGAUCCAUUAGGAUUGCUGGCACCAAUCAUUAUCGUCUCGAAAAUCAUCAUACAGGAGCUAUGGCUGCUAAAACUCGCCUGGGAUGAAUCUGUUCCGCAAUCACUUCUACAAGCAUGGAGAAACUACGUAACGUCUCUCAAGGAAUUGUCGUCGAUCUCAGUACCCCGUUUUUGCUUGCAAGCUGAGCUCACAGACAUACAACUGCACGCUUUAUGUGACGCAUCAAUACGUGCUUACGGCUGUUGCGUAUAUGUGCGUUCCACGGACUCAUAUGGCAAUGUCCAGGUUCAGCUUCUGACAGCUAAAUCUCAGGUGGCUCCUGUCAAGAAGCUGACGCUUCCUCGAUUAGAGUUAAGCGGAACUCAACUUCUGAGUAAGUUAUAUACAACUGUCAAAAACAUAUUCAUCGGCAAGCCGCACAGCGCGCAUUUCUGGUCUGAUUCGCAGAUUGUCUUGCACUGGCUGCAACAACACUCUAUCACCUUGUCGACAUUUGUUGGAAAUAGAGUAUCCAUUAUACAAGAUCAAACAGCAGAUGGAAAGUGGAGACAUGUACCGUCAAAAUUGAACCCUGCUGACAUCGUGUCACGUGGAUGCCCAGCUAAUGAGCUCCAGCAAUCAAUUUGGUUUACAGGACCUGCGUUUCUGCGUGAUUCCGAGACUCAAUGGCCCUGCCAACAAUUCGACAAUGAUUUGGACAUGGACAUUAUCGAUGCUGAAAAACGGAAGUCUACAUUUGCUGCAAUUAUCGAAACUGGACUGGACUGGCUGAACGGAACUAGUUCAUACAUUCGGGCGCUUCGAGUUAUGGCAUAUAUGUUCCGGUUUUACCAUAUUGCCAAAAAGGAACACCCUGUCGAAAGUUCGCCGCCAUGCCCAGAAGAACUUCGCCACGCGUUGCACUGCAUCAUCAGGAUCAUCCAACAGCACUAUUUCAAGGAAGAUUUGCAAUUGCUAAGAAAACAAAGAGAUUUGAAAAGCAAUCUGAAAUUUCUCAGCCCCUUCAUAGAUGACUCUUCUGGAUACGAGCUCAUUAAGGUUGGCGGCAGACUCGAGCAUGCUGAUAUCCCCUCUCGUCAAAGGCAUUCUUUACUUGUUCCCAAGGAAUCGCAAUUUGUCCACAAUUAUGUUCGGUAUCUUCACUUGCGCAAUUACCAUGCAGGACCAAAGGCAUUAGUUGGACUGCUGCGGCUUCAAUUCUGGGUCAUAAACGCAAGAGCUUUAGCACGCAGCAUUGUUCGUUCUUGUGUACACUGUGUCAGAUAUCGUCCAGUUCUACUUCGUCAAGUCAUGGGUUCCCUGCCACCUGAGCGCUUAUCCACAGACAAGCCAUUUCGCCACGUUGGAGUCGACUUCUGCGGUCCAGUGAACACCUAUCUUCGAAUACGUGGCAAGGGCCCCACAAAAUCCUAUAUCGCCAUAUAUGUCUGCAUGGCCGUAAAGGCCGUUGAAAUCGUGUCAGAUCUUUCAACGAAUAAGUUUUUGGAAUCGUUGAAACGCAUGGUUGCCCGUCGUGGACCAGUAUCGCACAUCUAUUGUGACAACGCCACAAAUUUUGUCGGAGCAUCCAACAAGCUACUCGAGUUAAAGAAGUUCAUGUUCAACACUAGCACUCAAGAUGCUAUCCCAUCAUAUUGUUCCUCUGAAGAGAUAACCUUUCAUUUCAUUCCACCUAGGGCUCCACACUUUGGCGGUCUUUGGGAGGCCGCUGUCAAGAGCGCAAAGAGUCUGCUGGUGCGUACCCUCGCUAACACCCGGUUCACCUUUGAGGAACUGAACACCGCAGUCGUUGAGAUAGAAGCAGUACUCAACUCUCGCCCGCUGUCACCGCUAUCAUCUGAUCCCAACGACUUCAGCGCUCUCACUGCAGGACACUUUCUAAAUGGAGAUGCACCGCGCGCUUUGCCCGAGCGUGAGAUUAUCACCAACAACAUCUCCAACUUGGAUCGUUACGAGCAGAUCACAGCUGUUAAACAGCAAUUCUGGCGUCGUUGGUCUGCGGAGUAUGUGAACGAGCUUCGAGCCAGGACAAAGUGGACUUCGGCUUCCCCAAAUCUCACAGUUGACUCUAUGGUCAUCAUACAUGAGGACAACACACCGCCAUUACACUGGAAAUUAGGGAGUGUUGAGUCUGUUGUGAGUGGCAAAGAUGACCGGGUUCGUGUUGCAUAUAUUCGCACUGCCUCUGGACUCUGUUGCCGGCCAGUACAUAAGCUGGCUGUUCUACCUGUCUCUUGA